GUCAUCUCCGUCGGAUUCCUCUUCCUGACAUCUGAAAGUGAUCUAGAAAGUCUUACAGUUGACGAAGUGAUGGAGGAAUUGUCUGAAUUUGCGCCGUACGACGACAGUUGCGAACCCCUUGCUACCGAGGAAGAAGCCGCGGACUACAACGAAAGAGUUCAUCGCGAAGAAGAAGAGAAACAACAGUUUCAGCGAAGAUAUUCGGGAGAGGUGCCAGCGAAUGAAUGGUAUGGUAUUAUCAUGGAAUGUAGAUUUAUAUUUUUAUUUUCCAAUUUCAACACACCCGUCGUUAAAUCGUUGCUAUGUGAUUAACUGUAGUCCUGAUUUUAUGCGAUAGUUUUAUUGAAUUUGAAGAGGUCAGACAAUUAAUAAUUUUAUACAGACGUAUUUUUCUUGUGUUUGACGAAUUUUGCACAUUAUUUUGCAGGUGUUCGUGCUCGAACUGCUCUGUCAGCCUUGUUACAAAAGCGCAGGAGUGCAUUUGCUGCAAAGAGAUCGAUCGCUGCGAAGAGGUCAUGGAAGAAGCCAUUGGAGACUGGACCUUAUGCAUAACCCUCCAUCCAGGGUUUGAAAGCGUCUGCUUAAACCGCCACGUAUUAGAAGUGGCUGCACUGGGCCUAAAAACGCGAGCUGGAAAGUCGUACACAACUGUUCGUGGGCAAAGCAACAAAAGUGAUAAUGAGUAAGUUGGGGUAUUGUUGACUUUGUAUCGGAACGAUCGAACCGUACAUAGCAUUGAAUAAUUGAUUCAUCUAAGCUUAUCGCCGUGGACUGAUCUCAUAGAAUCACAUUUUUUAUUUUCUAAAUGGCUUUAUUGCCUCAACUGCUUAUUUUUAAAAGGAGUAUUUAUUUAUCUCCAUCCAAUCCCUCCUUGAAUUAACAGUGAUCUCAUUUCUCUAACUAGAUUCCUGAGGUCUGUGGCCUAUCGCCAAUUUACAAGACUGCUGUGGAGUUAUAUUGGUAGUUCCAGGCGAUACCCCUUGCCCUGUUGUGCCUACAAUAAAAUCAGGAAACAAUUUCCGAGUCAAAAUGGCCAUUAUCGUGGAUUCGAAGAUGAAGAAAAUGAAUAA